AGAGCGCCUGACAGUGAACUUGGUGGUGCCGUGGUUAGGUUUCUUGCAGCUUGCUCAGCUACCGCAAAAAGGAAAAUCAUGUCGCCCCUGGACGGCAAACGGGGAGCAUAACGCGUAUUGCGAACCGUUCGAAAACCCGUACGCCCGCCGUACCACCAUAAUGGUGCCCCAGAAAAUGUCAAAAUUUUCAUACAUAAAAUAUCGAUCGCGAACCGUUUGCAUGUGUUGUUGAAGGCUCGGAUAUACGCUCGUCCUGCACCGUCGCCCGUGCGCCGCGCCUCCAUCAUGGUCGUCGUCUCCGUGUUGACGGCAGCGAGAGAAAAACCCAUGCGCACACAGUCGGGAACGACAACAGAACACACACACCAGCAAACAUCGACAGCAGCAGCAGCAGCAACAGCAGUGGUGUGUGCCCGUCCAGCAAACAAAACGUCAGUAGACAAGGACGAGGUGAAACUGCAACCGUUCGUAGUUGGAAGGAAUUGGUCGCACGGUGGUGGUUGUUACGGGCGGUAGAAAAUGAACGAAUGUUCAAGCGUUGCUGGAUUUAAGAAAAAGUUCGAUUUUUAAAGCAUCUGAAACAGUGAAACAGUGGUACGGUAUGGCACCGGUUGCUGCCAUCAAAUAAAAGUUCUCGUUGCAAGCAAAACGUGUUCCAAGCAGGCGGGGAAAAAUGUGUUCAAGCGAGCGGCGCAGUGGGUUUAGAGCAUUCGGAAGUGCGUCUGUGUGCGGGGCUGCUUAAAUCGUGAAGGAUAAAUAUGAGGUUGAUGGUGGUGAUGGUGAUGGUAGUGUGUUUCGUGAGUGAUCAUUGUGCACGUCGCUAGGACCGUUGGAUUAAAGCGCAGAGGGGCGUACCGCUUCUUUCGAGAGCCGCCUUACCGUAGUGCCAAUGCCGGUGGGAAAUGUUUCAUACUAUCACAGAAGAAAGUAUUCCCCUCAGGCUCCACCGGAUCACCAGUCACGAAUAUUUUUCGGAGAUUACGCACGCCCCGACGGUGGCAGUGAACGGAGCCGCUCGAAUGGUAGCAUCUCCUCGGUCGCCACAACUCAAUCGUCCUCGUCGUGCGUAAGUGUGCAUAGCAGUGCGGCCUCGUUGGCCGAUGCAGCGAACGCCAAUCUGUUGGCGGUGGUGAGCGCACCGCAGGGUGUCGAAAGCGACUCGAGUCCCGUGCCAAAAUGUGUCGAUAGUGCUGGCAGUUGUGGUGGUGGUGGCGGUAUCGGUACAACAACAACGACGACAACAACAACAACAUCCUCCGGGUCCAAUUGCUGUGUCCGUGCGGCGGCGGCGGCAGGUGAGAGUGGCAGUGUCGGUGCGUCGCAACAGGUGCCGUCGAGCCGGACGUGUGCCAGUGAAAGUGCCACCGGGUACGAGGGUCAGCGGGGUACUGUAGUGCGGGCCGGUGGGUCUUACCAUAGCGGUGGCGGCAGUAUUGGCGUUGUAAAUAGUGGCAACAUUAGUGGCAGCGGUCAGCAACGGCGAGUUGCGGGCGGGGCCAAUAGUAGCAACAGCAGUGGUGGUGGCGGCAGUGUAAACAACACCAAUAAAAGCAAGGAUCAAGCGAAUGGACAGUUGCUGCUGUCUCCGGCAGGCGCUGGCACAACGUCUUCCGCCACGAGUCGGUCAGCACCGUUGCAACCGGUCAAGUCUGCAUCGUUUGCCGUAGCUGGUUCUGGGCUGCUGGCUGGUGGAAGCUUAGCGCCAGGCGGUACCAGCUACAGCCAGGUCAGCUCGUCUGCAUUUGGCACCAGCCGUCUUGGCAGCAAUGAGGAACAACGAUCACAUCUUUCACCAGGGCCCGUAUCGAACACAACCAGUGGCAGCUACCAGUUAAGCCAGGGAAACGGCAAUGAAACACUGCUCCAUCAACCAAAAGCCUCAACGACGACAGGCAAUAGCAACAGUGCGGCAAAGCAGCAGCAGAGCUUGUACAGCAAACAGCAACCGCAACCACAGCAGCAGCAAAAGCAGCUACAACAAUCAACGGCCAGUGUAGCAAGCGGUCCUAAUCUACCGCCAAACGUCGUUGCGAGCUAUCCUUCGUCUUCGUCGGCCGCCGCCACCUCCGCGGGACUGUGGUCCGAAGACAACCCGUUCGUGGUCAGCUCAGCCACCGCCCAGCAACAGCAGCAGCAGCAGCAGCAACUGCCACCACACUCGAGUGGUGUGAACGUGAACGUGACCGUGAACGUGGUGGCACGACCGGUAACCGCGAGCACGAUGACGACGACAACGGCAACGACGACCAGCACAACGACCCUGGCACCCCCGCGACCGAUGCAGAAGGUGAUCCCGACGGUGGUCUACCUGAUGUCGCGGAUCGCUGUACAUAUGGAGAUCGAGGGCACGGCACAGUGCCCGGCGCAGGUGAUGCUUGCCGCCGCCCUUGGCUGUGAAGAACUAGGUAUAACGAACAAAUUGCUGGCCCAGAGCGUGUUCGGGCUGUGGAUGACCAGCCCGCUGCUGGAGGUGCAGCUCAAGCCGCACCAUCGGCCGUAC